GAUUAUACGGAAAGCUGAUACGAAAAAUUAUAUGUUGCAUUGCUUUGAGUGGCUGUUUUAAUCUUAGGGGUCGUUAAAAUACAAUGACCUAAUAGCUAAACAUAUGCAUCGAUAUAUCAAGGUGAAACCCGAAUUUUUGAUUAUUUUUUUUAACGUUACAAUAACAGUAGUAGUGAAGCAGGAUCGAUUUGUAACGUAAAUGUCCAACCAAGAACAACCAUCAUCCGGAAAUACGGAAGUAGAUUGGGAUAUUUUUAAAAUUCUUUGUGAAAAUCCAGAGAUGGAACCCGAAGACGUGGAUGUUACCACGGCCUUGAGGAGCGAACUGGCCGCCCUCCAAUACAAGAGAGACCGAUUAGCAGAGGAAAUCAACGAAAUGAGGGGGCAGAUGAGACACAGGGAUCAGCGAUGCUUGGAAUUACAGAUUGAAGCUGAUCAGCUACGAGAACAAGCGGCUCGCCAAAGUGCUGUAAUAGCAUCAUUGAAGAAAAGGAUUUCGGAGUUAGAAGAAAGAGAACGAAAUCUGUAUGCAUCUCAAGGAAGGAACGAAAUAGCCAUACAGACAUUACAAAAGGAUUGCAAAUACCACGAAGAACGUUCUAGAGAACUAGAAAAGAAACUCAGAAACAUAGAAUUGGAACUGUCAUCAGAAGAACAGAAGAAAGAAACAGCCCGAUCUGCUCUCCACGAUUUCGUAAGGAGGCUUGCUACAGCCUUAGGGACUGACGUUGACGAAAUCUCACAUUUUUCACCGGAAAUGGUGAUUCACAAGGCUUCCGAAUUAGUACAGGAGACAAGCCGUUUACGAAAUAAAUCUUCAGGUUUAAACGAUACGUUAGCUACGAUAGAAUUGGAACUAAGAUCAUGCAAAGACAACCUCGAACGUGCAAUUACCGAUAAAGAACUGUUACAAAGACAAACGGCAAGUCAACUGUUGGAAAUAGAUCGUAUGCGGCAAGAGAAAGAAGCUUUGGAGAUGCAAUCACGGGUGCAGGAGAGAGAACUGGCGGAAUUGAGAGAAAAAUUUUCGUCCUCUACAAGGACUGUUGGCUCUCAAAGCAGCUCAAUUGCUCAGUUAGAGGCAACGGUAUGCCAACUUCGAGAGGAGCUGAAAGCUUCAGAAGAAAGAUGCAUACGUUUACAAAAUGAACAAAAGAAUACUCUAGAAUCUAUGUCGAUGUUAUUGAGCACGCCUUCUAGGUUCGUUGAAUCAAUCGAAAGUUCAAUACGAGAUAGAAUACGAGAACUGAUUAACGAAAAUCGAGAUAAACAUGCGCAAGUGGAAAGCUUGACGGAAAAACUCCUUCACGAAUCGCAACAACUUUCGAGGCAAAUAUCUUUGAACGAUCAAGCCAAUGCAAGAAUCAGGUCAUUGGAAGAAGAAAAGAAUCAUCUGGAAAAUCGAUUACACAAAUUGGAUUCCGAGUUAAAUGUAUGCGAACAUUCCAGGGAAGGAUUAAAGCGAGAUAGGUCACAGUUUAUGUCAUUCCUUCAACGAUUGGCGAGAGCGCUUCACAUGGAUGACAUUGCUGAAGAGGUGGGAGUGGAGUUGCAUACGGAGUCUCUUUUGCUUCGAGCUGAACAACUUGCCCGUUUAGAGAGCGACAAGCUGGUUGAUAAGACUGCAGUAGUGUACCAGUUACAAAGAAGGGUCAGAACGCUAAGGGAACAAUUGCAAAGAAAAGACCUUCAUCUGGAUCUGCUUAGAAGGAAACUAGCACUUCAAGAGGAUUGCGUCAAGACAAAAGCCCUUUUGCAAAGCGAAAGAGAUGAUGCAAAUGUUAGAGUAAAGAAGUUAUUGAAACAAGUAGACAAAUUAACCCUUCAACUAUCAGAUGCCAAAGAUCAAAUAAGGGACCUUAAUACGCAACUUGCUGAAGCUGCAGAUUAUAAGAUUUUUAAUGUGCUUGUCUACUCCAUUAUUCCUCUGUAA